AUGGCGGAGGCCUCGCCCUUGCCGCGUCCGCCUGACGCGCCAGGCGCGCUGGCCUCGUCGGAUUCUCCAUCCGAGGCCGAAGCAGCUGGUCAGCUCAGCCAGGGCUCCGCGCUCGCGGCGCCUGUCUCUGCAGCGCCCGCAGGCUGCGCGGCGGCGAGCAAGGAGAAAGACAAAUCAGGCCUCGAGAGCUCCGACCCGAAGACGCGCAUUGCCUUCCGCCGCGCGCGAGCCGAGGAGAGACUCGCGAAAGCCGCCACACAGAAAGAGGAUCCCAGCGCAGACGAUGGGCCUUCCGCCGCGCCGACCGCGGGGGAGGCGCAGGGGCUGGCUACGGGUCCGCUGUCGGUCGCGGAGAGUUUCGUGGAGGCGGAAGUUCGCGCUCUAGAGAGCCGCAAGCAGGCGGCGUGGAAGAAAAUAAAGUCCUUGGCUGACCGCCUCGCCGAUGAGCGCGAGCGCGCGACACUCCGCAGAGAGGAACUCGCCGCAGAGCGGAAAGAGGAUCUGCGGGCGGCGGCGGCUGAAGUCGGCGCGCGCCGCGAGGCCGUCAAGGCGUCUCUCGCGUUCGCGACCUCCUCCUCCGGCUCGCUCUCUGCCUCGCCGCCCUCGUCUGUCAGCUGCCUAGGAGCCCUGCGAAACAGACUGCUGAAAAUCCAGUGUCCAGCCGAACUCGCGGAGGCCUUCGAGGAUGCCCAGAACAAGUGUGAAGCCAUUCAAAAAGUGAAGAACGAGCAGGAGAAACGCCUCGAUGAAGAGGAGACUUUUCGAGAGGCGGUCUUCGUGAGCACGCUGGCGGAGCAGAAGGAGGAAGUCGUUCAACUCCUCGACCUGAUGCGAGAGCAGUAUCGCGAACUGCGAGACAACUACCGUGAGGCGUUGGACCGCAUCGAGGCGAAGAUGGCAGCUGAGCGUGGAGCCCUGUUGCAAAGGAACAAGGAGGAGCUCGACGCAAUCUUCGAGAGGCGGCAGAACAUGGAGGAGCAUGAAAUCAUCGAGGCCCGCCAGAAGAGGCUCGAGGCCUUCGCCGCCGCGCUGGAGCAGCAGAGCGAGCGCGACGAACUCGACUCGCAGGCGCGGAAACUCAAACAGGAAACCACGAUUCAAGCGCAGGAGAAGCACCUCGAUAAGAUGAUCGCGGCGUACCAGCUCAACAAGGAGAAACUCGAGUACAACUUGCAGGUCUUGACUGAACGAAAUAAGGAAAACCUCGCGCUCGUUUUGGCCUACAAAAACCGCCUCAACAGACGCCGCGAGGCGCUGAGCGGGAUUGUCGAGCGCUUCAACGCCAUGAACCAAAAAUACACGGCGCUGAACAUUCAGUGCACCGAGGAGUUCAAGCGCCUGCGGAGUCACUCGAGGCAGAUUUGGGAGAAGAGUCUGCACUUCAGAAAGGCAGACGCGCGCAUCUACCGUGAGGUGUGGAAGGCUAACGAGCAAGAAGCACGCGAGCUCAUUGCAGCGUUGAUGGAGGCGAAUCGCUGCAUACACGCGCAGCAGCUCUGCCUGCCUUGUCCCCCUGUCGAGGCCGCGGAGCCAAACGGCUUCCCCGAAGAUACCGACGGCGGCGACGUCUCCUCAGAGGCCGCCACCACGACCUUCCGCUCCGCCUCCUCCUCUGGCAAAGACAACAGCUCGUUCGCUCGCGGCCAGCCCUCGUCCUCGGCGUCAGGCGGAAAGAGCUGCAGCCGCUCGAAAGAUGGAAGCGAGGGGGUCUCCGGCGGCGCAGAGGGCAGACUCAGCAAGUCGGUGUUUUCCUCAACGAAGGUCAAAAAAGUUCUAGAUCUCAUCUCAGACGCCUGUCACUUCCUCGCGGGUCCGAAGGCUCAAGCGUGUGAAGAAUUAUCUGCCGAGGAGCAGCAGCUCCUCGACGCCAAUGCGAUUCUACAGAACGUCGGAGUUGACUGUCAAGACGAGCUCGAUCUGCUUGUCUCCAUUUUCUACCAAGGGCAAGACGACGACGACGAAACGCUCUACGUCGACGCGGACGACGUGCUGCGGCUGCUUGAGGACUUUAUGGAGGAAAAGCGGAACCUCGCAGUCGCAGAGGUCCUUCCAGACAAAAAACGAAAAAAACGACGGCAGGCGCAGGCAAGGACUCCGCCUUCAGCAAGGCGCACGCCACACGCCACGCACAAAGGCAACGCAUACACAGGCUAG